GACAUCGGGUGGAUUCCUCUGUACGAAAUGAAAAAGGUAUCAAGCCUGAUACUCACACCUGCUUCACGGGCAGCAAUCGCAUCUCCAAUUUGAAGAACAAAGGGAAAGAAAACAAAACCUGCAAGGAGUCGUGUCUGCGGCCUGUAACUUGAGCAGUUAGUUCGUGAGGCCAAGAGGAAUGCCUAGCAUGCCAUCGGCCAACAGAGCUACAUGAAAUGUAUCCACUGCGGUUUUGUAUGACGACAGGUCUUUUGUGGACAGCCAAGGUGUCUUUGAGUCUGGCAUUCAGCAUCUUAAAAGGCUUGAGAAUUUAUUUGUUCGCUCAAAUCACGACUAGGAAUAAUUUUUGUAUUAAGUAUGGCGGCAGAUGGGCAGUUGUUACAGGUGCAUCGGAAGGUAUAGGCAGAGCAUUUGCAUGUGAGUUGGCACGAUGUGGAAUGAACAUUGUUCUGAUGAGUCGAUCUACCCAAAAAUUGGAAAAGGUUGCAGAGACCAUAGAAAAAGAAUCCAAGGUUGAGACGCUUAUCAUUCCAAUAGACUUUGCCACACAGGAUGUUUACCAGAAAAUAAUCGCUUCCCUAGAAGGGCUUGACAUUGGCAUUUUAGUGAAUAAUGUUGGUGUAAUGUAUGAAUAUCCACAAUACUUUCUAGAUGUUCCCAAACAGAAACUUUUUGACCUGAUAAAUAUCAACAUGACUUCAGUGAUAAUGAUGACACGUAUUGUUUUACCCCAAAUGUGUGAAAGGAAGCGGGGCGCAAUUAUUAACAUGUCGUCCAGUGCAGGAGAGCUGCCUACACCCCAGAUGACAGUUUAUGCUGCAACAAAGGAAUUUGUGGACAGUUUUUCCCGUGCUCUUGCCUACGAGUAUUCCCCACAAGGGAUUGAAGUACAGUCUCUGAGACCAUUUUACGUAGCCACAGCCAUGACGUACGGUACAAAAGCUAAUAUCGUUGUUCCAUCUCCUGAAACGUACGUGAAGAGUGCACUUUACACACUGGGAUUGUCACGACGAAACACAGGCUACUGGAGUCAUGGUAUUCAGGGUUGGUUUGUUGGAUUUUGCCCCGAAUGGCUGUGGAUGUGGACCGCUACUUUGCUCAACAAUCAAAUACGUCGAGUUGUUCUUAAAAAUAAAAAACAGUAACGCUUUACAAUUUUUAUCUUUAUUAAUCCCAUUUCAUUUGUUGCAAAAAAUUGGACGACUUUAAUCCGCUACCUACAAGUAUAAUAAGAAUCUCAAGCCAACCAAAAAUUAUAAUGAGUUCUUCUCUGAUCCAUUAACUGUACAUCUCUAAUUUUACUUCGAUCUUGUUUCCUUUGAAAAUAAAAAGAUCCCUCUAUCCUUUGAUACAGAAAACACUAUAAUUGUAUACUGUGCCAGUUUUUAUGGCGAUCAAAGCUAAGACAUCUGAUGCAACUGAAAGAAAAUUCUGGGUUGGUCAAACGUACUCUUCAGAUUCAAGGUUAUCUAUAGACAGCGUAAUGCACUACGUACGUUGUUUUCCGAGAUAAAGAAAAUAAUGAUAAGUAUUACACUAAGUAUUAAUAUAUACUACACUGAUGAAUAGUGCUUUUAGCGCGCGGUGAUUGGUUAGUUCGGAAUAAUUAACAAAUACUCUACACCUCCAAGCAGCGGAAGAGACAAAAUCGUACUUCAGGAGUUUCAUUUCCGACCACUUUUCGAUAUAUUGACAGGAAUAAACUAACUUUUUUUUUUAUUA